CGGCGUGGGGCUGCCCCCUCCCCAGUGCGGGUCCCAAGGCUCCGUUAUCCCAAGCUUAAGCGGUCCGGUGUUCCGAGGUGCCGGUGCCUGGAGGUCCCAGCAGAGCCCCUGCAGCUUCAGCAUCCCCGGGCCCCUUCUGCAUCCUCCUGCUUCUCCUGCACCAUGAAAGCCAUCAGCCCGGUGCGGUCCGUCCGGAGCUGCUACGAAGCCGUUUGCUGCCUCUCGGAGCAGAGCUUGGCGAUCGCCCGGGGGAACAGCAACAAGAGCCCGGCCCUGGAGGAGCCCAUGAGCUUGCUGUACGAUAUGAACGAUUGUUAUUCCAAGCUGCGGGAGCUGGUGCCGGGAAUCCCGCAGGGCAGCAAGGUGAGCCAGGUGGAGAUCCUCCAGCAUGUCAUCGACUACAUCUUCGAUCUCCAGAUCGUGCUGGAGGAGGGAGGCAAGAGCCGAGACCCCUCUUCUGAGGCCACCCUGCUCUCCUUGAAGGCGGCCGAGCUCGCUUCCGAACUCUGCUCCAAAGACGAGAGGAGUUUGUGUCACUAACGGCUCCUCCGGCAGCAAACAGCAGCGAGCGGCGGUUCCUGGUUCCUUAUCAGCCGGAGGUAAAUAGCAGCUUCCUCCGUGGCGCCGGGCUGUCUGCGCCCUACCGGCCCCGGGGGGAGCGCCUGGGCCCGGCCCCCCCCUUCUCUCCACCACCAGCGCAGCAUCCCGGCUUCAAGCAGGACCCUCGGACCCCAAAGCGAGCUACUUUAAUAGACUGAUGAAGAAGCGGUUGUCUGUAUAUUUUUGGAUGAUAGCAACGAGUCCUUUAUAUAAGAAGGUGUUUAAUGGGAUGGGGAGGGGGAGGAAUUCGGGGGGGGGUUCGGGGGGGGCACAUCCUUGAGUAUGAACCCAACUCUGGGGCCGUGGCCUCGUGUAUUGUGGAGCUCUAUACUAGAGUAUAACGUUUUUGUACCUUUUGUGCAGGAAGGUGAGUUUCUGCGGACGUGCCUUGUAUUUGCCUUUAUCGGACUUUUUAUAAAAGUUACCGUUUUUGACAGAAUAAAA